AUGGGGGUCUUGUCUCGCAUCGGCCUCCGACGGGCCAACCAGUGGGAGGCCCCCACGCUAUUGGACAAGCUGCUCGACGGACCUCUGCACUACCUGGUUGCCGUCAUCUAUGGAGUCUUGGUGUGGCUCCGAGGCCGCCCCUUUGCACCGCCGUCCGGCCGGCAGCGUGUGCGGGUAGUUUGCAUAUCGGACACCCAUGACCUGACCCUUGACACCGUCCCAGACGGCGACCUGCUCAUACAUGCCGGAGAUCUCACAAAUGCAGGCACCGUCAAAGACAUCCAGCGGCAGAUUGACUGGCUUGCAUCUCUGCCUCAUCAGCACAAGGUUAUGAUUGCCGGCAAUCAUGAUACCUGGCUUGACCCGGUCUCUCGAAAGACGCUUGUCAACAAGUCGGCAGAGGACCCUUCGGCUGUGCCGGACUUUAAAGGCAUUCACUACUUGGAAGACAAGUCGGUCCAACUGGUGUUCAAACCCAGCGGCUGCACGCUCAACGUCUACGGCUCACCGCACAUCCCGCGCUGCGGCGGGAGUGACUUUGCAUUCCAGUAUAUGAGGAACGACCCUCCCUGGGCUAAUAAAAUCCCAAAGGCAACCGACAUAUUGGUCACGCACACGCCACCGGUAAGGAACUACCACGCCAAACUUUUCCAGUCAAUGGCCCUCUUGGGCCUUAGAGAGCAACAUCACCUUGACCUUGGACUCGGCUGCAGCGGAUUGCUCAGCGAGAUAUGGCGGGUCAAACCCCGCCUGCAUGUCUUCGGCCACGUCCACACUGCUGCUGGCCGCCAGGCGGUCUACUUUGACGAUUGCCAGCUGGCCUUUGAGAGCCUCAUGGCCAGGCCGAGGAGAGGUGUUUUUCGGGAUCUGAUGCUGCCGCAUGCAGGCUGGAUCGAUGCAUGCAAGGUGGUCCUGUACGGUCUCAACGCGGUUCUUUUCAAGUGGAUAAUGCAAGGCCCUGGCCCCAACCACGGAGGGCUGAUGGUGAACGCCGCCCAGAUGUAUCGCAACACUGGAAAGCUGGGAAAUCGGCCACAGGUUGUGGAUAUGUAA